GGGGUAGGCGGGCGAUGGUUGCAGGUUGAACUCGUUGGGUCCGCUUCUGGGGCGUAGGGUUUCGGGAUCAGCCUUCGCGAUCCUCUCUGCCAGGGGCUGGACCCGGAACGCGAGCUGCAUUGCCUGGCUCGUACCUUCUAGGCUGCCUUCUGAGUCGUUGAGCCAGGCCGCAUCUGUCACUUCCCUGCACCCCUGUCCCCACCCUAGCUUCCGAUAGCCGUCCCCAGCCCAGCCCGUAGGGUCCAGGUCUCAUUGUCCCUGUCCCCGCCGUGGCUGCAGACCCCUUGAGCGUCUGCCCUCCCUGCUUCCUUUCCCAGGCAAAGCCUACCAACGCCUCUAGCAGUCUGUCUUCCCCUCUUCGGUGCGUGGAGGUGGUUGGUUACCAUGGUGAAGCUGGCGGCCAAAUGCAUCUUGGCAGGAGACCCAGCUGUGGGCAAGACUGCCCUGGCACAGAUCUUCCGCAGCGAUGGAGCCCAUUUCCAGAAGAACUACACCCUGACAGCAGGGGUGGAUCUGGUGGUGAAGACGGUGCCAGUCCCUGACACGGGGGACAGUGUGGAACUCUUCAUUUUUGAUUCUGCUGGCAAGGAGCUGUUUUCUGAAAUGUUGGAUAAAUUGUGGGAGAGGCCCAAUGUCUUGUGUCUCGUCUAUGAUGUGACCAAUGAGCAGUCCUUCAACAACUGCAGCAAAUGGCUGGAGAAGGCUCGGUCACAGAUUCCAGGAACCUGCCUCCCAGGUGUGUUAGUGGGGAAUAAGACAGACCUGGCCGGCAGACGAGCAGUGGAAUCGGCUCAGGCCCGGGCGUGGGCGCUGGGCCAAGGCCUGGAAUGUUUUGAAACGUCCGUGAAGGAGAUGGAAAACUAUGAAGCCCCGUUCCACUAUCUGGCCAAGCAGUUCCACCACCUGUACCGGGAGAAGGUGGAGGUUCUCCACUCUCUGGUGUGAGGGGCUGCGACGGACUGUUGCUGCCGACAGCACGAUGCUCCUGGGAAUCUGGCAGCUGGCCUGUCUCCUCAGAAGAUGGGAGAAGAUGGAAAUGCCGUGGCACUUCCGAUAUGUCAUGGCAGCUUUAAAUAAAAUGAGAAAACGUAGAA